AUGGACAUAUGUGUUGCUCAAUACGUAGCUCUAUGUGCGGUUACACUUGUAAUUGGAUGGCUAGUACACUGGGUAUACAGGUGGAUCAACCCGGUUUGCAACGGGGUUCUUCCUCCUGGCUCCAUGGGGCUCCCUGUUAUUGGUGAGACCUUGGAAUUCCUCAAGGCAAGCACUUCCUUGGACGUCCCAGACUACUUCAAACGAAGGAUGAAGAGGUACGGCCUGGUUUUCAAGACAAGCUUGCUGGGGCAGGCUGCGGUUGUUUCCACCGACGCCGAGGUCAACCGGUUUAUCCUUCAGCAGGAGGGCACCUUGUUCCGUGUUGGGUACCCUCGGGCACUGACCAAAAUAUUCGGCGAGGAGAGCAUCGAAGCUUUCCAUGGCACAAUCCACAAGUUCAUCCGUAGGUGCGCCUUCAUGCUGUUCGGUCUCCAGAGCCUCAAAGAGGUGCUCCUCCCCGAGAUGGAGUCCGCCGUGAGGGAGCGCCUUGCUGCGUGGGCCACCAUGCCGAGCGUCGACGUGCGGGGCGAUGCGCCCGACAUUCUUUUUGAGUUGGUGACGAGGAAGUGCCUUGGUUUCGAUUCCACCAGGUCGAGGGAACUGAGGAACAAGUUUGAAGUGCUUUUCUCAGGGUUGUGCUCCUUCCCAAUAUAUUUCCCUGGGACACCAUUUUACCGAUGCAUGCAGGCAAGGAAAAACGUGCAGAAGACAGUGCGGGAUACGUUGGCAGAGAGGUUAGCUACACCAGGGAAGAAACAUGGCGACCUCCUUGACAUAAUUGUCGAAGAACUGCAGGGUGAAGAGCCAUUAAUAAGUGAGAAUUUCGCUACUGAUAUGGUCUCCACGCUGUUGUUCGCCAGUGUCUUCACGCUAUCAGGGACCAUCGCUGUAGCCUUCAAGUCACUCCAUGACAAUCCGGACGUUGUCCACGCCCUCGAGAAGGAGAACCGUGCUAUGCUAAAGGGUCGAAAGGGUGGGAACUCCGGGCUCACGUGGGAGGAGUACAAGUCAUUGACAUUCACUAAUGAGGUCACCAAUGAGAUUAUUCGAAUAAGCAAUGCCGCGCUUGUAGUGUUUAGGAAAACUCUUACAGAUGCACAAGUCAACGGCUAUACAAUUCCAGCCGGAUGGUUGGUCAUAGUUAACCCUAUGGCAGUUCAUCUGAACGGAGAACUGUUUGAAGAUCCACUCAAGUUUAACCCAUGGAGGUGGAUGGAUGAGUCAAAGCGCAGCACAAUGCUGAAGAAUUUCAUGCCAUUCGGAGCAGGUAUGAGGGUUUGUCCUGGCGCAGAGUUUGUCAAGUUGUUCAUAACACUUACCCUCCACAUUUUGGUGACCGAGUACAGAUGGGAAGAAAUGAAAGGGACAAAUGUAUUCCGAAGCGGUGAGGUCAUGUUCCCGCAGGGCUACCCCAUUCGACUUCGACCCCAGAAUGACUAA